CUUUUCCCGUGCAAAAGGCCAGGGCUCAGUCAAAGAAAUUCAACUGUACAAAAACUUUAUACCGUACCACAGCUACAGCAAGAAGCGGAACCCCGCAACUUCACUCUCGCAGCGGAAGCGCUCCGUUCAGAAGCUCACAAUCUCCGCCACCGCUCCAAACGACGAAAGACUUUCGACGACCGAAUGGCGGACGCGGACCUUGAAGAAAUACGAAAGGCGCGUCUUGCGCAGCUGCAGCAGCAGCAGGCCGUCGGCGGCGGCGGCGGACCGGGUAGCGCGCAAGACGGCGAAGAGCAGCAAAAGGCCCGCGAGGCGGAAGCCCGCGCCAACAUCCUCAACCAGAUCCUUGAGCCGGACGCAAUGGACCGGCUGGGCCGCAUCCGGCUCGUGAAGGCGUCGCGUGCAACGGACGUGGAGAACAGGCUGAUCAUGCUCGCUCGGAGCGGACAGCUGCGCGCCAAGGUGUCGGAGGCCCAGCUCAAGGACAUGCUCGGCCAGCUGUCGGAGCACGAAGCGAGCCAGGAGCAGGGCAAGGUCACGGUGAACAGGAGGAAGGGCGGCUGGGACGACGACGACCUGGACGACCUGCUCAAUGACGUGUGAAGUCAAGACGGUUCGCCUUUGGAUGUGCCUUGGAGGUGGCGGGGGAGACGAGCGGAGACUAAGGGCUCUCGUUCAGCGGUGUGAAUCUUUGAGGUUUCUGGUCGAACAAAGACACUCAAGUGUCCUUUCUCAAUUCGCGUUCUUGUACAUGUGUAUAUAUGUAGUGUGGAAACCCGGCGGACGUCAGUAUGGACACCAAAGCGACUGCACAAGAUGGCCGAACGAGGUCGUGCAUACAGUGGUUCCAUUUUCACACCAGCCGCAUCUGCGUGGAGUUUUCUCGACCGAGAAAAGGAGAGGUCACUCUUCUGUUUCCUUUCCCGUUUACAAGCGAACUAUGUGAUGUAACUGUCAAUGUAAAGAAGUGCGUGUUGAUGCGUGUGCAUUUUAAUUCACGACACCACGAACCACG